UAUAUUUUAUUUACAAUCACCAUUUGAAUAAACUCCAGAAAAUGCAACUAGGUUGGUGUUAUGCUCUAAAAUGCCUCCCUGCCACGAAUUGCCCCACCUACACAAUCUCAUUCAAAUAAUAUAUUAGAACAUAAAGUCACAGGGUUAUGGUUUACACAUUACAAAUUACACCAAAUGAAUUUGAUUAUAAAAUAAGGAAUAUGCCAUAAAAAAUGUGCCAUAAAAUAAACAUUAUAUGAGAAUUUGUAUUAAUCGUCUUGACGGCUGUCACGUGCCUAGGGCUAAUUAUAAUAGUAAUAUAUUUGAUAUAAUAUACCUAUAAAUGUAUGUCCUAAUAUAAUAUUUGAUAGAGAUUAUGUAGGGGUGCAGUCCGGGGGGCGCAUAACACAGGAACCUCAACCACGUUCGCAACACCGGAACUGCUGAAACGUAGAUUUGUUUCCUCAGGGUUUAUAUGGGUGAAACACCAAACCUUCAACAUAUUGCCAUGCGAUUCGCCAGUGCUUGUUUUUUGUGUCAACAGUAAGUUAUAUGACUAAAUAAGGUCCAGAGCCGUUUUCGCCAUGUAAGACAGGUUUUCCGAGUUCCGAACGGUUCCGUUUCUUUGGAAAUUGCGUGCGAGAAGGCGUUAUAUAAUACCUUAAGGUAGACUCUGAGAUCACGUCUCAUUAUCAAACGACUACUUUAUGAUAUUGCAAGAUAUGUUUUUGACAUAUUCGGAACGGCCAACCAUUAUCAUUUAAUAAUGUGGAUUCUAACUAGUAUACACCUAUGGAUGUUUAUUGUACUUUAGUAUAUGAAGAAAUCUGGGACAUAACGUCGAAGUAAAAACAAGCAAACAAACAAACUCACUCUCGGACAGGUUUCAAAGGUUGAAAUAUACUUUCAGGUUUUGUCCGCACAAGCAUGAGCUUGCCGAACCUGCUGCACGUGCACAAGUGUACCCGGCUUGUGCACACACAUCAGGUGCACGCGCUCGCGUCCCUGCGCCGUGUCUCCCUGCUGCCGGAGAAGAAGCGCCUGGGGCUCCUGGACCCUUUCCGCAGUCUGGAGUCGCACCUGUCGCCACAGGUAGACAAGACACGGUUUAAACUCUUUCAGCCCAAUCUGGAAGCCAUGGAGUGGGCAGAGAGACUAUUCACUCCAUCUCCCAAACACCAGAUAGUCUACUCGUCAUCAGCUGUGCGCAUAGACCACAUGCCUGAGCUCUCACAGCCAGAGGUGUGUUUCAUAGGCAGAAGCAAUGUUGGGAAAUCAUCGCUCAUUCGGGCACUGUUCUCUCUCGCACCAGAGGUUGAAAUACGGGUUUCCAAAACGCCGGGACACACAAAAAAGCUGAAUUUCUUCACAGUGGGAAAGGCAUUUACUCUGGUUGACAUGCCUGGCUAUGGAUACAGAGCCCCGGAAGACUUUGUGGACAUAGUCGAGCCAUACCUUCAAGAGCGAAAAAAUCUUAUGAGGACGUUUUUGCUGGUUGAUGGAGGUGCAGGUCUGCAGAAGUUUGAUUUGGUUGCUGUGGAAAUGUGUGAAGAGUUUGGCAUUCCCUAUGCACUGGUGGUGACUAAGAUUGACAAAACUCCUCGAGGGUCUCUGUUGUCCCUUCUCAUGCAGCUUCAUGAUUUUAUUAAGGAUAAAACAAACACCUGUUUCCCACAGCCCUUUCUUGUAAGUUCAAUGCACUAUUCAGGCAUCCACCUCUUCAGGUGCUUCAUAGCACAUGUGACAGGAAACCUGCAGCUGAGCUCCAAACCCACCUGAGUACCAUAUAAAGGGGGGAAAAACACAAUAAUCAGAGACUGAUCUUUGCUGACCUGAUCCAGUUGUGCCAAUAGCUUUGGCCCAUGUUUCAGCAGUGAGUAGCAGUUCAGACGAAGCCUGGGUCAAAGUGAUUUUUAAUAACAUAUAUAUAUAUAUAUAUAUAUAUAUAUAUAUAUUUUUUUUUUUUUUUUUUUUUUUUACCUAUUUAGCGAGAGAAAAGCUAACUCUUGUCAAUCUUGACUCCCCUCAUUACAGUUUUAGAUCAUAUGUGAAAACGUAUGCUUAACAAAACUUGUGCCAUAUGUGUUUUUGAAUUUGACUACAAAUUACUGUUCGAUGAAGUGGAGUGAUUCAGACAUUUGACAGUGAUUCAAGUGAAUAUGAACAUUUGUACCCAACAAAUCUACAGUCUGUAGAAGGUAUGUGGUUUGACACCAUAAAUUUGCAUGAUUUAUGUAAUUAAACAUAAUGUGUGUUAGCCAAAA